CUGGGGCACAGAUGUGCUCUGAAAGAACGAAGAGGAAAGGACAAUGGGCUUUCUGCUGCCGAUCCUUCUGGCUCUGUUAGCCUCUGUCUUAGGGGGACUCUACCUCCUGGGGGCCUUCAGGUGGUGUCGACCAGGGGAACCCCCCCUGGACCGGGGCCCCAUUCCCUGGCUGGGCCACGUCCUUGAGUUCCGCAGGGACACAGCAAAGUUCCUGGAGAGGAUGAAGAGGAAGCAUGGGGAUAUUUUCACUGUGCAGCUGGGAGGAUUCUACUUCACAUUCCUUAUGGACCCUCGGUCCUUCGGGACGAUUGUGAAGGAGGCCCGCACCAAACUGGACUUCAGCAAGUUUGCACAAAAGCUGGUUCAGAAAGUGUUUAGUUACCACUCCGACCACAGGUUUCCUCAGAUGUCCAGCAACAAGCACCUGAUGGGGGACGGUUUAGUGGUCAUGACACAGGCUAUGAUGAGCAACCUACAGAAUCUGAUGCUGCACAGUGUAGGGACGGGGGAUAAUAACCAUAUGCCCUGGAAUGAGGACGGUCUGUUCAACUACAGCUACAACAUUGUCUUCAGGGCAGGUUACCUGGCUCUGUUCGGUAAUGAGACACCAAAAUCCACAAAGAGCAUGGAGAAAGCCAGAGAGGUCGACAGAGUGGAGUCCCAGGAGCUCUUCCUUGAGUUCCGUAAGUAUGACCAGCUCUUCCCCAAUCUGGCCUAUGGGGUCCUGCCUCCAUGGGAGAAGAGAGAGGCGGAGAGGCUGAAGAGGCUGUUCUGGAAAAUGCUCUCAGUGCAGAAGGUGAAGACCAAGGAGAACAUCAGUGUCUGGGUGCGCGAUCAGCAGCAGGAGAGGGAGGAGCACGGCAUGGAGGACUUCAUGCAGGACAGGUAUAUGUUGCUUCUCCUCUGGGCCUCACAGGGCAACACAGGCCCUGCUGCCUUCUGGCUGCUCUUCUACCUCAUGAAGCACCCAGACGCCAUGAGGGCCGUGCAGGGGGAAGUGGAGGAGGUGCUGAAGGAGACGGGCCAGGAGGUGAAACACGAAGGCCCUUUCAUCAACCUGACCCAGGACAUGCUGCAAAAGACGCCCAUCCUGGACAGCGCCGUGGAGGAGACCCUCCGCCUCACCUCCGCCCCCGUCCUCACCAGGGCCGUGCUCCAGGACAUGUCCCUCAAGAUGGCAGAUGGAAACGAGUACCGCAUCAGAGAAGGAGACAGAGUAGCCCUGUUUCCUUACACUGCCGUCCAGAUGGACCCAGAGGUCCACCCGGACCCACUCACCUACAAGUAUGAUCGCUUCCUGACAGCAGAGGGGGGUAAAAAGACAGACUUUUACAAAGGUGGGAAAAAAAUUAAAUACUACAACAUGCCGUGGGGUGCUGGGAUCACUAUGUGCCCAGGACGCUUCUUCGCCACCAAUGAGCUGAAGCAGUUUGUCUUCCUCAUGCUCACAUACUUUGACUUUGAGCUCAAGAACCCAGAUGAAAAAAUACCUGAUAUUGACACCAAGCGCUGGGGCUUUGGGUCCAUGCAUCCAACCAGAGACAUCCAGUUUAGAUACAGACUCAGAUUUUAAAAAUGGUUGACUGACACAAACCAGCCUUUGACAACGUUUUGACAACUGUUAAUCUGAUGAUGAUUAUUAUAAACGAUGUGCCUAAACAUUCAUUUAUCUAGAGUACAUAGUACAGUAAAAUGUGUUACAGUAUUACAAUAACUGGAUAUAAUUGCUGUGUUAAUUUCGAUGAAAAAUAAUUUACCUGUUCUCUCUUUGAAAAUGACUGGAAUAAAUAUUUUUGUUUAUGCUUAGAGUCAAUUGGAAAGUAGAUAUUGCAUAAUUGAAAGCUGACAUAGAUAGAAAAGAAUCUGUCCUGUAAAGCCAGUGAGUAAUAGGAAAGGGUUACAGAAAGUAUUAGAAAUGCACAUAUGUUAUCUGUAAGUGAACUACAACAAAAUAUAUAAAGUUAACUUUAUCCCAUUA